ACUGAUUUGUUAUUUUUGUUUCAGAGAAAAACUAAAACUAAAAUGGCGCCCAGAAACCCAGAACAAGAACAGGAAAUUUUGGAGUGGAUUGCUGCAGUCCUCGAGGAUCCUUUGCCCGAGGGAGAAUUUGAAGAGGUUCUCAAGAAUGGAAUCAUUCUCUGCAAACUGAUGAACAAGCUUGCACCUAAUAGUGUACCAAAGUUUAAGGAGAAGGGCCCCGCCUUUCUGCUCAUGGAGAACAUCCAGUCCUUUCUCGCCGCCGCCAAGAAGUACGGAGUCCCUGACGAGGAGGUUUUCCAGACUCCGGACCUAUUCGAGGCUAGGAAUAUAAACCAGGUUGUUCUCUGCCUGUUCUCCCUGGGUCGAACUACUCAGAAGCACCCUGAGUACACCGGACCCCAGAUAGGUCCUAAGAUGGCGGAUAAGAACGUGAGAAACUUCUCCGAGGAGCAGAUUCUGGCCGGACGGAAUUCUCAGAUAGGUCUGCAGGCAGGCAGCAAUAAGGGUGCAUCUCAGGCCGGUCAUGGAGGAAUGGGAAAUACGAGACAUAUGUAAACAUUCUUUCACAAUAUAAAAAACUGUAACAAUCUACUUUUAAUCAUAAAAUUUUCUGUCGUCUUUUCUUUAAAUGUAUAACUCUCGGUCCCCCUACACUGAUAGCUUUAAUAUUUUUUUAACGUCGAUAACAAUAAUGCUAAAAGUUUUUGAAUGUUUUAUGAAAUUUUUAUUUAAUUUUUUUUCUUGACCAAAAGUAUGAAGAAUUAUAGAUUUUGUAGCAUCAAGUGCAGUGUGUAUACAGUACAGUACGGUACAGACUGCAUCAUCAAGUGCAGUGUGUAUACAGUACAGUACAGUACAGUACAGUACCGUACAGACUGCAUCAUCAAGUGCAGUGUGUAUACAGUACAGUACAGUACAGUACAGUACAGACUGCAUCAUCAAGUGCAGUGUGUAUACAGUACAGUACAGUACAGUACAGUACCGUACAGACUGCAUCAUCAAGUGCAGUGUGUAUACAGUACAGUACAGUACCGUACAGACUGCAUCGUCAAGUGCAGUGUAUACAGUACAGUACAGUAUAGUACCGUACAGGCUGCAUCAUCAAGUGCAGUGUGUAUACAGUACAGUAUAGUACCGUACAGACUGCAUCUAACGGAUCUAACUAGUAAUGUAAGAUGAAUAAAAUUCUUGAUUCAAUGGUUUAUGCAUUUUCUAUAUACUUUUUCAAAACAAUGUAACUUUUGUUAAAUCUUUUCAUCAAAAUAAAUUAUUUCAUGAA